AUGGAUCAUCAUCAUCAUCGCUGGCUGGACUGGCUGAUCAGCAGGACUGCCAGGCCAGGCCAGCCGUGCGGCGGGCUGGGCCAGAUGCGAUGCGAGGAGCGCGCUCUCGAUGCCGCCAUCGCCAGCUCGCCUUCGCUCAAUCAAAUCAAUCAACUAGCAGCCGGCCGCGUGGGAACUCCGCAGUGGAUGACGGCCUGGCUGUCUUCGGCCCUGCAGGCUGAGGGCCAUAGAAAUGCCGUUGCCGCACUGGCGCUAGGGGAGCUGGCAGAGGCUACAGCGCGCUCCACCCCUACAGCCGCCGCCGCGAGCCCUCCGCUAGCCGGCCCACACACUGUACGGGGCCCUGCGACAGCGACAGCAGCUACGGCAGCUUCUUCGCCUGGGCUCACUUUUGCCCCAAGAAUCCAUCCAUUACCAAACAACUUUUUUUUUCCUUGUUCCUUUACGCGCCGCUCCCAUCAUCCCUCAUCACCCAAUCUUGUUACUGUAUUUGUCUUCUUUCCUGCGCAAAUCACCGCUCCUGGUGUCGACUCCCUCUCCCCUCGACCGACCCUUGGCGAGCGCGACGCCAUCCGACUGCAAACGGCGCUGAAUCCCUCUCCCCCGCCUAUCCAUCUUAUCCAGUCCGCUGCGUAG